UUCCUUCCGUAUUGCCACAGCCACACCGGGCCGCCUCUCCUCCUCCCUCGGACAGGGAGAGACCCUUUCCAUCCAAGCUAGCCAAACCCUAGCCACCGUCGGUUCCAAUCUGCCAACGUCUCGUCCGCUGGUUGGUGGCUCGGCGGCAUGGCCUCGUCCGCCUACGCCGCUUGGGACGCCGCGGAGGAGGCGGACAUCGACGCCUCCGCAUCGCAGGAGGAGCUCAUCGGCCGCGCCCGCUUCAUCUCCCGUGACAAUGAGGAGGAGGGGGAGGGGGAGGGGGAGGAGGAGGAGGAGGUCGAGGUGUUCAGCACGCCGCCUCUCACGCAUCAGGACCCGCAGAGUCAGGGGGAAGAAGUCAUCGUCAUGUGCUCCAUCCCCUUCACCCAGCCUGACCCCACCCCUCCCCCCGCUCCCGCUCCCUCCCCUCCCUCGGACAGUAAGAGUCGCCGUCCGGAGCGGGUCAAAUUGAAGCCGCGGAAGAAGGUCUGCAAGAGGAAGAGGGUCUGCAAGAGGAAGGUGAGAAGAGCCAACAAGAUCAGGUCUCCGACUCCGAGCCGCAGCCCCGAACUGGACCCUCUCGCCAGGGCCGUGCUCAUGAUCCCAACCGCUCCUUCUACAAUCACCGGUGGUGAGGAUAUCCUCGAGGUUGCUCGCAGCCGCGGCAUCUUCUAGAUCUACUAGUUGCCUGUGUAUUUUGUGCAUUGUAGCGUAGUCCCUUGUGUUUCUGCCGAUCAAUCCAUAUGCUAUGGCCUGGCUGGAUUUUGUGCAUUGUCCAUCGACUGCAUAUGACCUUG